AAUACAUACCUUUCAAGGCUGCUUCUAUUCAUAACUCUUAUUUUUUCCAAAAUAUUUACAAUUAUAUUAGCUAAUUACUAUUUUUAAGUGUAUUCACAUAAAACUAAAUAUGAAUUUUCAUUGGAGAAGUUUUAUUUGUUCUUCUCAUUUGAAUUUUGUUUGUAGAAAGGUUGUUCAUUUAUUUGAAAGCAUGCAAAUUAGAGAUUUUGUAUUUGGAUUUGGAUUUCAAUUAGCUUUGAAAUUGUUGAAGAAAGUUGCUUUAGCAAUUGGUACCAUCACUUUUGCAUUUGGAGGGGUGAUAAUAGGAAGCAUAGCAGGAGCCAUAAAAGGGCAUACAACUGAAUCAGGCUUAUGUAGAGGUGCUGCAAUUGGGGUCAUGUCUGGUGCCAUUCUUGCUCUUGAAUUGCUUGAUUCACUCUUUAAUGGUCAUUUUUUAUCCAAGGUUGCUCUUUUUGGAAGCAUUUUCGAUGGGAAAGCCUUUAGAGAAUGGGUCAGCCCUGCAGUUCUCAAGGCUUACCAAUGGCAAACAAGUAUGAAUGAAGGCAUUGAAGAUGGAUCAGACUUGUACAACGUGGUUGAAAUUCGUGGGGUUUCCCUUGAGCUCAUCAGAAAGCUCCCAGUCUUCAAAUUUCGACCUAAUUCAUCAUCAAAAUCUCAUCUUCCAAUUUCGCAUACUCAAGUUUGUUGCACCAUUUGUUUACAGGAUCUUGUUGAGGGCGAAAAGGCAAGACAGCUGCCCGGGUGUCAACACUUAUUUCAUAUGUUGUGCAUUGAUGAAUGGCUUGCGCGAAGUACAUCAUGUCCAGUUUGUAGAAAGAUCGUUGAUUCUCCGGGUGAUCUCUAGGGCAGCAGAAGUAAUGUACUACUACUACAAAACUAAACUAAACUAUUAGGAAUGGCUAGAAUGUAAAAAUUGAAGCACAAAUUGUUGUGAGAGACAGUCUCUCUGAGAGACGCAUUAAAUAUACAAGCUAAACAACCCAAUUAGAAAUCUGUGCUUAUUGUUUUUAAGUCGUCUUUUUAAAAGACGGUCUCUUCCUAGAGUAGUUAAAAUUGAAAUUGUAGAAUACUUUGCUAAUUGUUAUAAUCUUUUGAUGUCAAAAUUAAAUUGCCAAACAUUCCAGUUUAUGGCCCCAUGGUAUCAAAGUGGCAAAAAAGACAAAGUGAGACGUAGAACAAUUGUUUUAUGUGAAUUAUUU